ACCCACCUCCCGGCCUCACCUUCUGGUCAUCGUCGUCUCGGCUUUCGUCCCGGCCCAGGAAAGACAGGAGAAACAGGUCACGAUCACGCCGCCCGUACCCACACCAUCCUGGACCACCUGUCUCCGCGCUUUGCAAGGCAUUGAAGCUGUAUCCCCCUUGAGGUCUGCAUUCCGACGCGAAUUUCACUUCGUACUUCCACCUCAGCCAUGCCCAGCAGCUCCAUACAUCCUUUACCUGUGAACCCAACCACUGGCCAACAACCUCUGGCGAGUUUAGGGGGCGUCAGAGUUUCGUCAACUUCCGGAAAUGUCGCCAGCGGAUCCGUCGGAGGUGUCAGUCGAGACACUUUGAAGGGUCUUCAGGAUGUCGUAUGGUCUGAUGACGAGGACGACCCGGACUGUCUGCUCUGUGCAGAGCCGCUGGAUCUUUCAGAUUUGAACUUCAAACCAUGUCAAUGUGGUAUGCAGAUCUGUCAGUUUUGUUACAACAAACUGCUGGGAUCCGAUGCUCGUUGUCCAGGCUGUAGGAGACCAUAUGAUGCCAAGGCGGUCGUCUUUCAGCCCGUCGACUGGGACGAGGUCAAACGGGCAAAAGAGAAGAAGACCCGGAGAGCCAAGACGAUCAAGCAGUUGACGAGUAUGGGCCGAAGGCAUUUACUCAACGUCAGAAUAGUCAUGAAGAACACAGUGUAUGUCGUCGGCAUGAAAUUACCAGCGCCGGGCGAUGAGUCUAUACCGAUAUUGCGUUCAGGCGACUACUUUGGUCAAUAUGGCAAAAUCAGUCGGAUAUACCUUCGUGAUCGGACGACACUCUCCUCUACAGCCGUGCAUACCCUGACACCCGAUGACCCAUCCACAUCGACAGGCAUAUACAUUGUCUACGUCAGGCGAGAAGACGCGGCGAGAGCUAUAUCAGCUCUGGAUGGAAUAGCCGCUCCGCAAGGACCGCCAGGACGCACAUUGAAAGCCACCUAUGCGACUUGUCGGUACUGCGACGCCUUUCUCAAAGGUCAGAAGUGUGACAAUCCUUCUUGCCAAAAUCUGCACGAGUGGGGAGGUGACAGUGAUUGCUUUACAAAGGAUGACAUGGAGAUCGCUCUCACUCGGCCGGCAGAGUAUGAUGCCAGACAACAGGAAGCUCGAGCUAGAGCAUCGUCAUUAAGUAAAACAGCGCCAAUCUCGAAACCAGCAACGUUGGAGGAUGUCAUCGCCUCUGGUCUGCCGAAUUCUGCAGGAUGGGCGAAAGGCGCGGUGGCUCGGCCCGUCGCGAAUGGCAAAAUGACCGCUGCUGCUCCUAUUGGCUCUUCUCGUCCCGUCAAAACGCCUUCUGUCGCUUUAUCACUCAAUAACAAUGCCGCUUUUCCUCUCCCCACACCGUCACCUGUCAAUCCUGCUCCGAAAGAUAAACGGAGCAAAGCGUCUUCCACCAAGAUGGCCCGCGGCAAGAGUUCAGAUUCUACGCAAUCUGGGAACACGAGCAGCGCUCACACGUCGCCAAAGAGGAAGAACCUCCCUCUAGCUCCGACAGCUUUGACCAAUCAAAUCACUCCGAUACCACUCCCCAACUCCAAAGCUGGACCACCGCCUGGUCUGCUUAGACCAGCUCUGGAUACCCAAGGCGAUUCCCAGCUCCCGGACGAUUUACAGGAUGGUUCUGUUUCGGCAGAGUCAGAAGCUGGACCGUCGUCUAGUAGUCCAGCACCUCAGACACCGUCACGUCUCACAGAUGGUCCACCACUACCGCCCCCACUUACUUCCGAUCCCAUCUGCAUUCAUUCGCCAUACGAGGAACCUCGGAUGUUUCCGUUUCCCGCUUCGGACCCGGCAUUCGAAUUCGUUCUCAGCAUCGACGAAGAGACACAACGACAGGCUCAGGAAUUCGAUUACACCCCAUCAGCUUUUGGCAAGACUCUCUUUGGUCUGGCUCAACUUGGAAUUCUAGCUCCGGACGUGUUAGAUCCUUCACCACCGCCGAGAACCGAGAUCAAUGGUGUCUCUGGACUUUUCUCACCAUUCGAUGCUUCGUCAGAAGGAAACGCACAACAUCCCGAUUCGACUUUGCCCGGCCUUCCAGUCGACCCUCGAUAUCGAGGGAUCAGAGUCCAUUCGCUCUCCGUAUGGGAACGGAUGACCGGCCUGGAGAAGCGAGCAUGUGGGGCAAAGGCAGUCUGUCCAGUGUCGGGGAGAGUCAUAGACCUCACCAUGGUCUGGGUCCACAAAUGACAGGGACGAGCAACGCGCCGAGCUCGGGGUACGGAGGAUUCGGAGAUCCCGAUGGAGCUUGGGGAUCUGGACCGGGAUCAGGUCGAGGCGGAGCCAAUUUGGCUUUCGAUCCUCGAUGGCAGGGUCCUUCUCAGCAGCAGCAGCACCACCACCACCACCAACAGCAGCAGCAGCCGCAGCAACACGCUCAAGGUCGAUCACAUCGAGAACACGAGUUCAGUAAUGGCAUGCUGCCGAACCUUGGGAU